AUGGAUCCCAAGGGGCUCAUCUCCUUGAACAUCCUGCUGUUUCUUUCCCUGGCUUUUGAGCUGAGCUGCAGAACAGGUGGACACUCAAUGGACUGCCCCAAGAUUAUCCAGAGAUUGGGAAGCAAUGUGAUGCUGUCCCUGACAUACGAAGGGAUAAAUAAGAGCAUGAGCAAGAGCAUUCGCAUCGUUGUCACAAUGGAAACAUCACUUAGCAGUGUCUUCAAGAAAAAAAUAAUGUCUCUUGAUCCAUCUGAAAGGGGCUCUCCACCCAAUCUAGAAUACCGCUAUAAAUUUCACCUGGAAAACUUGAGCCUGGAGAUUCUGGACAGCAGGAAGGAGGAUGAAGGCUGGUACUCUAUGACUCUGGAGCAAAACACUUCAGUCCAGCAGUUUUGCCUGCAGCUGAGGCUUUAUGAGGAGGUCUCCACUCCAGAAAUUCAGGUGUUAAACCUGACACAGGAGACUGGGAACUGCAGCUUGACGCUGGCCUGUACGGUGGAGAAGGGGGAUCAUGUGGUUUACAGCUGGAACAAGGAGACCGACGUCCACCCACUGAGCCUGGCCAACAGCUCCCACCUCCUGUACCUUACCCUUGGCCCCCAGCAUGUCAACAAUGUGUACACCUGCACCGUGAGCAACCCCAUCAGCAACCGCUCCCAGACCUUCAGCCCGUGGCCCAGAUGCUGGCCAAAUCCAGAACCAAAACCAUGGGGACUAUAUGCUUGGCUGUUCUUAGGAGCCAUCGUUGGUGUCAUGAUUCUCUGUGUGAUAAUACAACUGUUGAGAAGAAGAGGUAGGUUGGACCAUGUGAUCCUCAGCCUACAAGCAAAAAGCAUUACUAUCUACGCUCAAGUCCAGAGCUCAGGUACUGUUCAGAAGAAGCCUGACUCCUUGCCAGCUCAGGACCCCUGCACCACCAUUUACGUUGCAGCCACAGAGCCCAUCUCAGAGCCUGUCCAAGAACCAGACUCUAUCACAGUCUAUGCCAGUGUGACCCUUCCAGAGAGCUGA